AUGGCGGCCUCUUUCUACUCCUCCGGGGCUUUCGAUCAGCUCGACGCCGAAGACGCAGAGGAGAGACAGGCGGCUGCAGAUCGCCAGGAGGACGGCGGCAAGCCAAGCACCAACGGAGUCAAUGGCUCGCGCCCGGCGUCUUCGACGUCGUCAUUCUACCCCAUCAGUGGAGCUGUCAAUGCCAAGUCCAAAGCGGCUGUCGUAGACUCUCCGUGGACUCGUCGCCGGGAGGAUGCAGAUUGCUCCGAGCGUCCCUCGAGCCGAGAGCGGCGGCACCGCUCCUCCUGGCACGCGGCGCUAAACAAGCGAUUGGUUGCCAUGGAAGAUGUCGAGGAGCUGCUGCACACCGCCGACGAGAUGCUAACCGGCUUUGACAUGUUGAACACCAUCACGGUCUUGAAUCGCCUAUCUCGCCUUCGGGGCGCCGGCAGGCUACAUCAUGACCCCCGAGUCCUAGAGGUCCUGUACCGCAUUGAGGCAUGGCUCUCACAUGCCGGCAUCCCGGGCGCAUCGGAGAUGGUGGGACCUGAGAUAGUCCAUGCCCGCCACCUCGCGAGCAUUACGACGGCACUAGCCAGGCUACGUUGGAAGGAGUCGACUCCGGGCCGUUUGCUCCGCAUCAUCGCUUCCAUCGCCCCUCCGCUGCUCGCCGCCGCCCGGCCACGGGACUUGUCAAACCUUGCCUGGGGCUUCGCCACCUUGGAUUUGCGGAAGUUCGAUUCUGUGAUGAUGGCCAUCGCCCGGGAGGCCGUAGUUCAGAUUUCCGAGUUCACGGAGCAGAACCUGUCGAACACUUGCUGGGCCUACGCCAAGAUUGGCAUCCGCCACGACCCGCUGAUCAAGGCCAUCGCUGACGAGACGCUGCGGAAACUUCCACAGUUUUCAGCACAGGGCCUUGUGAACACCCUCUGGGGCUUCGCCACCCUCGUCAUCAAAGGCGAGGAAUGUCUUGGCCAAUCUUCGUGGCAGCUCAUCUGUGCUCUCCUCGAGGAGAUCAUGAAGAGAUUGCCCGACUGCACCACGCAGGAGCUCAGCAACAGCUCCUGGGCCUGUUGCCGCCUGGGCGUGCGACAUGAUGGAUUCAUGGCUGCAGUCGCCCAACAGGGCUUGAAGAUCGUUCAGGACUACACCUGCCAGGAUCUCGCGAACACGGCCAUGGCGUUCGCAAAGCCCAACAUCUACAACCAGCAGUUUCUCGAGGCUCUGGCGCAUCAGUCAGCGCGGAAGAUGCGGCAGUUCGAGGCGCGAGAGGUCUCCAACGCACUCUGGUCCUUUACAAUCCUGGGCCCGGGGGUGGUUGGCCCGGACUGGCUGGACCCAGCGCUGGACCACUUCCUGAACUUGAUCCGAAUGCGACAGUACGAAGGGUGGGAGUUGGUUCAGGUCGUCAAUGCAUGCUGGCCCCACCGAGAGCACCUGCAGCUCUGGGCCAAGCUGGAGCGAACCUUCCAGGAGAGGGUGUUCAUGCGUGUUGUUCAUGCCCUUGAAGCAAUCAUCGGUCGAGAUCAAGGACUGCAAGGGAUGGCUCUGCCCACCGCAGAGGUCGAGAAUGCAGUUCCGAUCAAGCUGCUGAAUGCUGGGCCUGCCACGCACGGGAGCCUCAGCGCCGCGCAGCGCAUGCCGGAAAGGCUCUCCCCUCUGGAGUCUGCGCGCCGGGGUGCGCAGCGGCUCAUCGACGAGCUUCAGGUGGACUUCCUGGGUCCGGUUUUUACGCGUGUGGCCAUGCGCCUCUUGGGGCUCAUCGACCCCUGCGAUCUUCGCGGUAUUACUGCCUUCUCCCAAGGCCAGGAACCAGGAACCUUUGAUGGUCCUGAGUGGGGCGGCCGGGCGCGUGACGCCGUCGCUGCGGCGCUGCAGCAGAUGCGACAAGAUCUACCGUUCAUGUGGUUCGACCGCUUUGGCCCCCACGAGCGGCGAGUGAUUUCCUGGAUUGCCUUCGACCUCGAGGUUUCCAUCAGCUCGAAGGGCCUCGAGGGCCCAUGGAGCGAACACCUGACGGAGACUGGAAGAAUCACCGGCUUCAGCCUAGACGAGCACCGAGCCAUGGACAAGAGGGGCGUUGAGACCUUCACCCGGCUACAG